AUUUAUCCACAAUAAAAGUAUAAUAUCACUUAAUCAGAAUAUAUAGAUAUAAUAUAUCUACACGAAAGCUAUAAUUAGCAAUCCAUCUCUGAUAAUCUAAUGUAAAAUAGAACACAAUUGUUUGUAAAUCUUAACACAGUAAUUAUUAGAACAAGAAAAUAUCAUUGUGUAAAAUAGCUAAUAAAAUGAAUAUCAAAGUAGUAUAAAGAAAGGUAUAAAUGAGAGUUCGAAGAGGAGGUAGUUCUCCAAAUCGUAAGAUUCGUAAAAAAAAUAACAAAAUUAAGGAUGGAAGAAUCGAUUCACUUAAACCAAACACUCUUUAUUUAGUCCACAUUAAAUACGACUAUACCAACGGUUCAAGGGAAGCUGUAUCUAGUUCUCUAGAUAACAAAGUAAUUAGUUCUUCUAAUUCCGGUUUGUCAAAUGAAAUUCUAAAUCUUGACAGUCCAGAACAAGACCAAGAAAAUGAAGUCCAAUUACAGGAGAAAUUGGACGAACUUCAGUCAAAACUGGAAGAAUUCCUGGAUAAUUCUGAAGAAGAUAACUAUGAAAAAGUAGAAGAUAAGGCUGAAAAUACCCUGUUGGAUGAGGAGGUAAUGACUGACAUAGUUAACAAUAAUGUGAUAAACUUUAAAUCCCAAAUGUGUUUUGUGUGUAUGGAAAACCAUUCCUUAACCUAUAAUAUGGCCUAUAAUUUCCAGACUGACAAGUACAUUUCAAAGGAUGACCCAUUAUAUGUUUCAUACGUCAAGAGUAACAUUUUCCUCAAAAACGACGACUCUUUGAAGUUCGACAAGGAUUCCAUUUUCGAUGCAUCCUGGGAAGCCGAAGCCAACCACCUAUGCAGCCAGAUAAUAAAAUUCGUUAACUCCACCUCACCUUAUAAUCCUUUAUCAAAGUCAGCUAAAACUAGUGAUAAAUCAUCACUGAGUGAUUCUGCAUCAAAACCAAACCAAGGAAAUGAUGGAUUAGAUCAAAACAAAUUUGAAAAUUCAGUUUUUGAGGAAAAGAUUGCUCAUAAUUCACUUUCAGAUAAAAAUUAUUCUCCAAACAGGAACGACAUAAGGGUAAUCGACGCCUUUAGUGGGAUUGGAGGUAAUUUGAUCCCUUUCAUAAACAACUUCAACUACUCCUUGGGUGUUGAGUUGAACAAGAAACGGGUGGAAAUUUGUAAAGAUAACAUCUUAUCUUACGGUGUUAAGAACCCAUACGACCUCAUUCACGACGAUUUUUUCAAUUUCGCCACGGAGUUUUUAAACAACCCAAAGUUGUUCUUUGAAAAAUUGGGCAAAAAGUACCUGUACAGAAAGAACUCACCCUUUCAAUUCGACUGGAUUCACCUAUCGCCCCCUUGGGGCGGUGUAAACUACAAAGGGAGCUCCAACUACGAUAUCUACAAGAUUUCCACCUGCUUUCCAAAUGUUUCACAACUAAUUGAACUUUGCAGUAAGUUGGCACCCAAUAUAACUCUCUACUUGCCAAGAUCACAAUCACUCUCUGACCUCCUUAAAACCUGUUCUCGACAUGAUUACAGGUUCAUUCUCAUUGAUUCAUACCUCAUUCCUCCAGUUUAUAAUAAGAUCAGGUGUUGUAUGAUACACCUGAUUAAAGAUUAUGGCAUGUUUAAAUCCAAUGCUAAGGUGAAAAAUGUCAAGAAGAUGGGCACUAAGCUUCUAUUUGCCAAGAUAAAGGAAAGGGCUAAAGAUGACAAUUACAAUGUCAUUACAAUAAACGGAUAUAUUAACGAGUUAAACAUUGAUAACUUGAUAUCAAUUGGGCUUUCAACGGUGUUAAAUGAAACCAGUACAAAUGUGUACAAUAAACUAAGGUUACUAAUCGCCUCCUUCAACAUCAACACUCUCAUUAAUCUCAUCAACGUUUCAAUUCAGAUAUACUAUUCUGAAGGACUGGUUAAGAUGGAUGGAAAUAAGAGAACAAUUGGCGGGAUUUUCUUUUAUUUGCUCAAGGUUUACUACAACCAGCUCUAUAAACACAUUGAAAAAAAUAAUAAAAAAUAAUAAACUUAAUAUUAUAGAAUACAC